UGUUAUCAUUCAUUAGACCAAUAAUAUGAAAAUUUGAGGGUGGAGAUUAUUAGGCCCACUAGCAAAAGACGACCAAAGCCCAAUUAUUUUGAAAAUCAGCAGUAGCUUCCCCCGCCGUGGCUUAGGGUUUUACCUUUACCCCGUCGUGGAAAAGCUUCGUCUUCUCUUUCACUUGGUGAGCGCAAAAUGUCUGAAGUGAAUGCUACCCCUGAAGUCCCUCAAAACAACACCAUCUACAUCAACAACCUUAACGAGAAGAUCAAGAUUGAUGAGUUGAAGAAGUCUCUGAACGCUGUUUUCACUCAGUUCGGGAAGAUACUUGAGGUGUUAGCUUUUAAAACCCUAAAACACAAAGGUCAAGCUUGGGUGGUCUUUGAGGAUGUCUCUUCUGCUUCCAAUGCUCUGAGGCAAAUGCAAGGAUUUCCCUUCUAUGAUAAGCCCAUGAGAAUACAGUAUGCAAAGACCAAAUCUGAUGUAAUAGCAAAAGCGGAUGGUACUUUUGUUCCUAGGGAAAAACGUAAGAGGCAUGAUGACAAAGGCAAAAAGCGGAAGGACCAACAUGAUGCUAAUUUAGCUGGAAUGGGACUAAAUCCAGCAUAUUCUGGUGCUUAUGGUGCAACACCUACUAUACCUUAUCCAGGUGGUGCAAAAUCCAUGGUACCAGAGGCUCCUGCACCACCAAAUAAUAUUCUCUUUAUUCAGAAUCUUCCCAAUGAGUCAACUCCCAUGAUGCUGCAAAUGCUCUUUCUUCAAUAUCCUGGAUUCAAGGAAGUUAGAAUGGUUGAAGCUAAGCCAGGAAUUGCCUUUGUGGAAUAUGGUGAUGAGAUGCAAUCCACAGUGGCUAUGCAGUCACUGCAAGGUUUCAAGAUAACCCCACAAAACCCUAUGUUGAUAACUUACGCCAAAAAAUAGAUAGCGGUUUCUUGACCUUGUAUUAGGAAGACAGGAAUCCCAUCUUCAGCACAGAGUUGUUAAUCCAGUUAAUACAAUGGUGUAAUGUUAAUUGUCAUCUAUCUUUGGCACAGCCUUGAUUCGAGUAUGAUUGUAGUUACGGAUAAUAACUGUCAUUUUAUACAAAUGUAUUUAGGAAAGUACUAACUAGUUCAAAUUUAUUAUUUUACUUUUUCUAGAUUCGUCAAUUGACCUUCUUUUGCCCUUAUUUGAAGAAUUACCUGCCAGCAUUUGCAGGAUGAAGUUCAGUAAGUGAAUACAUGAUGUCUUCCUUGCACGAGUA